AACAAAAUAAUUAAAUAAAAUACAUACCUUGUGUUCUUUCUUUGGUUCUCUUUUAAUGUUGUGAAAGCUCAGAAAAUGCUAGAAAUGCUAGUAUGAUUUUGAGUACCUGUGGUCCAGUUGUUGGGGCAGGUCAAUUUUCUUUUUGCAUCUCUAUGGACAAGAAUCAUUUGCAUUGCUGAUUUCUACAAUUUACAGAGCUGUAAAACUGCUCAAAGACAAUGAAAGGAAAGAACUAUUAUAGAAUCAAAUUACUCAGUGGGGUAUACCAGACAACACCUAGCGUUCCACAGGACAUCCAGCAGUCUUUCACUGGUUUUCUGAAAGAUGAUACAUUUAAAGCUUCUAACACAGUAUCUGGCUCAAGGUGAGAGCUCAAUUUAAUUUGCUUCUGCAUUGUUAAAAGAAUGAAAAACAAGAUAAUUGAGAAUUUAUAGCAUUUCUGUAGAACUACAGUUCCCUGGAUAGGUGCUGUAUCUAGAUUGACUUGAUUUCAGUGGGUCUUACACAGUGCCUGGGAGCAUUUUUAUACGUGGUCAGUAAUUAAAAAAUUUAUUUCCCCACCUUUUAAUACUAUCACAGUUGUUCAGUAAUAGUUUGAUUGGAUAGAACUAUGUUCAAAUAUGUUCUGAUUUAUUCCCCUAUCUGGAAAAAACAUAUAUAUUGUGAGAAAAAUAGGCUUGUCUUACUUACAUUAUUAUGUAUCAUGUAUUUUCAUACUGGGGUUAACAAAGAUAUUCUAAGCACUGAAACUGGUGGCCUUGAAAAUGACGAGACUAGCUGUUUCCUUUCAUAGUCCAAACUGUGUGAAUAUAGCUAAAUAAAAAAUCUGGCUCUGUUAUAAUAGCAAAUUCGAUUUCGUGUGUGGAGUCUUAAGGCGUGAUUAUACUGUUUCUCACCAUGAAUAGUGAUUUUUUACACAUGAUAAGGCAGGCUAGCAUAUUCACAUACAUUACAGCUAGAAUAAUCCAUUGCUUUAAAAAUAUGAUUUUUACCUGCUUUUUAGAUUGGGUGUUCUGGAAAAAUUUCUUCUUAACUGAAAAAAAUAUGCAGAGGCUAAUGUAGACUGUAAAAUGAAGGAGAAGCUUAGCUUUACUGUGGAGUCUGGGUCUGGGUGUAACCUAACUAGCUAGUGGAUAUGCAAUUCCUGAUUGACAGCAGGUCCAGCAUUAUGCAGAUUUUGUAAGGGAGAACACUCAGCUCAGAAACAGUGAUGAGAGGCUCUGUUAGGAAUUACUACAUUCACUACUCAUAUCUUUUGGUUUUCUGUCUACUGGAUUUGUAAAUAAAUAGCACAAAACUGUUCCUCUUUUGUUUUUAUUAAAGUGAUACUGCAAUGCAGUUCAGUCUGUCAGCUAGGCAUACAUGUGUGAAAUUUGAUAUUCUCACUAAAUUAGCUAAUUUUUAGCUGUGUUCCAUGCUUAUCUCUAGACCUUUGUGUAUUAAAUCCUGUCUCGAGCUGUUCCCUUUAUACACAAGUGUGUUUUGCUUGUGCCUUCCUGUCUUCUUCAGUGAGAAGCUUUAUGUAGGUCAGGCUUGGCUUAAGCAGAUUUCCUGAACCUGCGUCAGCUUAAGCUGGAGGAAUUUUAAUAAACCCUCCCCUGUAGGCGUGGGCCUAAAUGAGGCUAGCCUAGUUAAGCCUGAUCUUUUUCUGUUUGUGAAAAGAGCUGAGCAGAGCUGAAGGCUGCAUGGUGGUUUCGGAAACUGCCUACUUAAUUUGAAAAGAACAAUGGUAGGAAAGGCUAGAUCUUCCAAUUUUACCUUAUCUGAAAAGCUUGAUUUGCUAAAGCUUGUGAAGCCAUAUGUGAAAAUUCUCGAAGAACACACUAAUAAACAUUCAGUAAUAGUGGAAAAGAAUAGAUGUUGGGAUAUCAUAGCAGUUAACUAUAAUGCAAUUGGAGUAGAUCGCCCUCCUCGAACAGCACAAGGCCUACGCACCCUUUACAAAAGGCUCAAAGAAUAUGCCAAACAGGAGCUAUUGCAGCAAAAAGAGACCCAAUCAGAUUUUAAAAGCAAUAUUUCUGAGCCAACCAAGAAAGUUAUGGAGAUGAUUCCCCAGAUUUCCAGUUUUUGCCUGGUAAGAGACAGGAACCACAUACAAAGUGCAAACUUGGAUGAGGAGGCACAGGCUGGUACCAGUUCACUACAGGUAAUGUUGGAUCACCAUCCUGUUGCCAUUACAGUGGAGGUGAAGCAAGAAGAAGACAUUAAACCACCUCCUCCACUGGUUUUAAAUUCUCAACAAAGUGAUACUUUAGAGCAAAGAGAAGAACAUGAAUUAGUACAUGUUAUGGAAAGAUCCUUGUCACCUUCACUUUCCUCUGUUGAUAUGAGAAUGACAUCGUCUCCAUCUUCUAUUCCAAGGAGAGAUGAUUUUUUUCGGCAUGAGAGUGGCGAACACGUUAGGUCACUAUUAGGGUAUGAUCCUCAGAUCCUGCAAAUGUUGAAAGAGGAGCAUCAGAUAAUUUUAGAAAAUCAGAAAAAUUUUGGAUUGUAUGUUCAGGAGAAGAGGGAUGGAUUGAAAAGAAGGCAGCAGCUAGAGGAAGAACUACUAAGAGCAAAAAUUGAAGUGGAGAAGCUGAAAGCAAUUCGCUUACGGCAUGAUCUACCUGAAUAUAACAGUCUCUAAGAUUUUUUUUUUAAAUCAAUCUUGCAUUGGAUAAUUUUGAUUUUGGCCAAAUUACUUUAAUUUGGGAGUAUCCUGAAACAGAAUACAUGCUUUUAAAAAAUGUUGUUAAUCCCUAUUAUGGAAAAACUUUUUCGAUAUAAUUUUCUAAUUAUUUUAUUUUGAGAUAUUAAAAUUUACUGAUUGAUUGGCAUGGUUAUAGUUUUUAUUGUCUUCUUUUUUUUUUCUGAGUUUGUUGACCUUACAAAAGAUAUUUUAUUCUGAUCACUAAGAUGUACACAAAUACGACAAACACUUAUUCUUUCAAAGUUCUGAGUCUUCAACAUUUUUAGUUAGAACUUUGAAAACUGUAGUUAAAGAUUUUUAAGUUAGUCUAAUUUAGAAGCUGUACUAACCUAAUACCAAGAAGCUUGUCUGUAUGAUAUUGCUUUUUAUGCUUUUAUCUUUUGAAGGAGUAAAUCCUAGGAUUUUAGAGAUGGAAUUUCAAGAUAUUUGGAGAACACUUUUUCUGCCUCCGCACUUUAGAGGUGAUGAAACAGAAGUCCAGGGAGAACUCAGUGAUUUACUUUGGGUAACAAAGCUAUUUAUGGCAGAGCAGGGACGAGAACUUAGUUUUUCUUUGUGUAAUUUUCCUCCCACUGUUUGAUAGAAGUAAAUAUCCUUAAAAAUAUUCUCUAGAUUUAAAUACUAGAAGCAUUUGUUUCAUUAGAAUUGCUUUUUAAGAUUGUUAGGUUGUGAAAUCAGGAAACUUGUAUCAAUUACCCCAUUCUCUCUCUAUUUUCGGCCCAGCAAAAUAGAUAAGGUAUUCCAUUGAUGCUAUUAUAUAUUUUGGCUAUGCGAUUAAAGACUUAUCUUAAUUCAUUUUAAAUGUCCUGUUCUGGAAAAAAUUUCUUUCACAGCAAAAAUCAGAAUGAACGAAAUUAAAAUUUUAUGUUUUUUUAAGUAUUGUCAUUUUAGUAUUUGUGGAAAUAAAACCUUGAUUCUUAAAGCACAUAUAUUAAAUUUAUAUUAAAUAUCUAAUAAGUAUUUACUUAAGAAUUUCUAUUUUUGCUGGGGUUCUGUUGAGAAAGAAUUUUUAAGCCAAGUUUUAGAAUGAGGUAGGUGGAAUUUCAGCAGUGAAGGAACAUGGGUGUUUGAAGUCAGAGUGAGAAGCUGGAAGAAAGACAAGGAAAUGGGAAAAAGUGGAUUGGGUGUAUAAGCACAAAUGCAGUGCUAAGCCAGUGAUUUUAAGUGAGUGUAGAGAGAGUUUGGAUUGUGGUAUCCUGGACUAGGAGGGACAUCUCCCUGGACUAGGUAGGAUAGUUGCUGUUUAGCUCCAGCACAAUUUUCACAUGUGGGAGAAAACCAGAAAUCUACAUUGGUUUAACGCAGAAUUUUCCAAUUUUAAAAUGUUUGCAAAUAACUCAUGCUUUCAAGACAUUAUAUAGCCAACAUGUGAGUGGGCCUCAUUGAACCAUUGGUCUUCCACUUUGUGGCCUUUGGAGUAGAGCAAUAGUUUUCCAAGUAUGGGUCCUGACCAGCAGUAUCAGCAUCACUUGAGAACUUGUUAGAAAUAUAAUUCCAAUUAGAGCUGAAUUAGAAACCUUGAGGGUGGGGUCAGCAAUAUCUUUAAUAAACCGUCUAGAGAUUCUGAUGCAUGCUAAAGUUUGGGAACCAGUGAAACAGAGUAUUUUAGAAUCUCACUUGGUGCCUAAAUCAUACUAGUCUCAAAAUUUUUGUUGAAGAACAGUUGAAAGUGAACUGAGGGAUAUAAAUUUGGAUGAUAGUUGGUACCAUAUUAUGAAUUACAUUAAAUACUAUUUAUAAUGAGUGAAACUUAACUGAUUAUACAAUGGGGAGCCAUUGAAGGCUUUGUAUUAGGGGACUCAUUUGAUUAUAGUUGUGAUUUAGGAGAAGUGGCAUUUAAAGACAGGUAUUGAGAGGAACUUAAAUCAGAAAUUUAAGUCAUGGCUAUAGAAAUAGAAAAAAAUAUAAAAUGAACUCUUAAGGUACUAUUUUAGCAUGUUGACUGCUUAAUUUCAUUGGUUGGAUUAAAACGAAGGUGUUUUAUGCUUGGUAGAGUUAACUUUUUAAUUAUAAAGAUGUCCUGAAUAUAUAAUGUGGCAUAUCAUUUUGACAAUGUUACCUUUUCUCUUUAAUCUGUGCUAUGACAUCUCUUUGAGUCUAAUGAAUUUUGUAAUUCUCAAUUUGAGGUAAUGUUUCACAGUAUAAUUAUAGUAAAUACAUCUUUGCAUUAGUAAGCUUUAUUUUUUGAAAUUAUUGAAAGCAGAUAUAUGAGAUGUAAUUCACUUUACAGUUUCAGCAUGAAUUGAUAAUGGAAUGUUCGAUUUGAAUGUUGGCUUUGUACAGCAAAUCAGAGUUUUCCCAAGUGUGUUCUGUGGAACAUUAAUUCUAUGAGAUGUUUCUAGAAAAGACAUCUUUUUUUGGUGGUUAAGUUCUGAAAUAAUUGUGAAAAGUAAAAAUUAUGUAUACACAAAAUUGCCCUUGAAAAUUCCUUUGCUGACCAUAAAAUAGCAUAAACACAGUCUGCUACAAUCAUAUUUUUCUCCAGCAUUCAGAUUGCUUUUUCUUUAGUGUGUUAGAUGACACAAUUCAUUAGCAUUUAGGGGCUAUAUACAGUAAGAAACCUAUUUGUACAUAAUUUUAAACACCAGAAUCACACUCUGAGUUUACUGCAGCAAUUUUUCCAAGUCAAUCUUUUUUUCUCCCAGUCAAUCUUGUUUAAUUUUUUUUUUUUGAGACGGAGUUUCGCUCUUGUUACCCAGACUGGAGUGCAAUGGCAUGAUCUCAGCUCACCGCAACCUCUGCCUCCUGGGUUCAAGCAAUUCUCCUGCCUCAGCCUCCCGAGUAGCUGGGACUACAGGCGCACACCACCAUGCCCAGCUAAUUUUUGUAUUUUUAAUAGAGACGGCGUUUCACUAUGUUGACCAGGAUGGUCUCGAUCUCUUGACCUCGUGAUCCACCCACCUCGGCCUCCCAAAGUGCUGGGAUUAUAGGCGUGAACCACUGUGCCCGGCAAUCUUGUUAUUUGCAAAAGUUUAAAUGCAUUUAAUUCUGCUCAUUGUCUACCUUCCCUUGUACAACCAUGUUUAGCAUAGUAUAUAGUUUAUGAGAAUUCCUGUACAAAGAAAAUUAUUUAUUUGACCAUAUAAUCCUUUUUGGAGGCUGUUUAUUGUCUUACAGAGUAUCUUAGGGUAAUUUGGAACCAAACCUUUUUUUUUCCUUCUUUCUCACAUUGAGACUUUUUCGAGUUUGGGGACUACUUACAUUAGCAAAAACAUUAGCAGUUUUUGUUGAGGACGAGUUUCAUUAAGGGGAAAUUUUGCUACUAUCAAUGGAAUAUACACUUGGCUCUUUAUCUGCAGGUUUCACAUCUGCAGAUUGAACCACUAUGGAUUGAAAAUAUUGAAGCAAAAGAAAAAUUAACAAUAAAAAAGUAAUACAGAAUUUAAAAAUACAGCAUAACUGAGAUAGGAGUUGGGCUAACUGCCAAUUUUGGGGCUCACCAUCCUGCAUAACUAUUUAUGUAGCAUUUACAUUGUAUUAGGCAUUGUAAGUAAUCUAGAGAUGACUUAAAGUAUAUGGAAGGAUGUGUGUAAAGUGUAUGUGAAUACAAACAUUUUAUAUAAGGGACUUGAGUAUCUGUGGAUCUUGAUGGGGUAGAGGGCGUCCUAGAACCAAUCCCACUUGGAUACUGAGGGAUGACUAUAACUUAAGCCGCGAGACAUCCUGCAUACCAUAGACACUUGUUUGGGGGCCAUGAGCUUUAAUUACAAAAUGUAAUGCUGGGUGAACACAGAGAACAGUGGUUUUUUUUAAAUGUAGACUUGGUUCUGUAGAAAUAUAUUACAUUUGAGAAAUAUACUAAAUAAAUAGAUUAUUUCAUCUAAUACAUUAGUAAUUCAGAUAGUAGAUAGCCACUUUCCUGUCUUUCUCUUAUCUAUAUGAAUGUAAAUGGAUAUGUUGUUACAACUUAUGAUUUUCUAAACUAGCUAUGAUUUGUAAUGACAUCCUAAGAAAAGUCAAUGAAACUCAUUUCUAACGAAUGCCAUAUUUCUUAAAAUAGUCAAAUUAAGUAUUUUUCUUUUUUGUAUGAUGAAGAAGAUAUCAACUUGGUGUUAUUUCAUUUUUUUAAAGGAGUCACUCUACCCUGUUCUAUCUUUACUUAGGUGAAAAUGUUUAAAAUAUGAGUUUUUUUAUGUGCCUUCUUUUAGAGUAAUGUCAAAUUUUAAAUACACAUGUUUAAAUAACUUAGAGUGUAAUAAAUUGUGUUUAAUAUAUACUGUAGAUGAUGAUGGUUAAAUGCCUUGUUAACACAUGUUCUUUUAAAUACAAGAUAAUACUUUGUA